AUGGCAGAGGCCUGUGCAGGGGGCCCCCGGGCGCGCCUGAAGAGCAGCAGCAGCAGCAGCAGCAGCAGCAGCAGCAGCAACCGCAGGAAUAACAGCAACAACAUCAUCAGCAACAGCAGCAACAACAGCAUCAGCAGCAGCAGCAGCAGCAACCGCAGGAACAACGCCAGCAGUAGCAGCAGCAGCAGCAGCAGCAGCACGGGCACGCUAUUUUAUCAGCGGGCUGCUCGCCGUUUGGGGCUGUGCAGCGCUGGAGGGGAUUUCUUCGACCACUCGAGCGAUUCGAUUUCUUCUUCUUUUGCUGCUCUAAUUAUUUUGCAUAUGUUGUGUGGGCCCGUAGCAGCAGCAGAACCUGCAGCAGCAGCAGCAGCAGCAGCAGCAAACGAAGCAGCAGCAGGAGCAGCAGCAGAAGCAGCAGGGCCGCAGCAGGCUUGUGCUGUCUCCGAGCUGCAUAUACACCCCAGGCUCUUUCAACUCUGCUUUAUUGUCUUAGCUCAGCUGCCGUUCUUCACAGCAACUUGGGCGCAUCCAAUUGUUGGCAGGACAAUGCUCUCCGCCUCGCUAGAGGGCCCAGGAACCUUCUCCGUUGAUGAGUUGAAUUUUAUCGUUAUUCCGUUGCUGCUGCUGCUACGAGCAGUCUACCCUUCUUUUUUCGUUAUGUCUAUAUUUAAGCUGUUGGAGUUGCUGCCAGUGUUUGGGGGUUCUGUUGCUGCAGCAGCAGCAGCAGCAGCGCAGUGGUGCAGCAGCUUCUUCGUGCCGCAGCAGCAGCAGCAGCAAGUCAUGCUCAUGCUGCAGCAGCAACUUACUGUCGGCCUCUGCGCCCUCCUCAUUUCUGUGGCUUUCUGUAUAUUCCAGUCAUCUCGGUGGGUCUUUUUCUACGCUUUCUUCUUUGCACUCCAGAGGUGCUGCUGA